GAAAUAGAUCGUAUUGAACUGGAUGGAGCAAGUGUGCACAAGGCUUACACAUGUCUUUUCCGCAGGGGACCGAAUAUUGAUAAGACUGACUGCCUAAUUUAGGGCCUUCUGACUUUUAUUCCAUGGCUGAUUAGAAUACAUGACUGAACGUUUAUGUUUUGCCCGUGUGACAGGAGUAGAGUAUCUCAGCAGAUAAUAAUUGGACCCAGCAGAUAAUAAUUUUAAAAGCAUAAUUAUCAGUUUGUGUUGUUAACUUUCGAUGUUUCUGCUAUUAGAUUCAAAUUUGACAAAUACAUGGGGGGGGGGUGGGUGUGUGUAAACAGGGCACUCUAGAUUCCACUAAAGUUUCUGGAAAGAUCAUCUUGCAGGAACUGGUUUCUGAGCCCCGGAGUGCUUUGUGACAUGUGGGAGGAUUCUAGGGAGCACUCUUGGUUAGGAUGGUGGAGACAGCUUAGACUGAAUUCUGUGAAACAAGGACUGUAGCGUUUAUCAGUGGAAAAUCAUACCUUGCAGGGCUUAUAUGCGUCUUCAUUCUAAAGAAUACUGAAUGCUGCAUUCCCUUAGCACUGUGCAUUGUUGCCACCCCCCAUCCCCACUCGUGGUCUUUCAAUCAUGCAUAGUUGGACCUCCUUCCUCAAGCAGUGAUAGAAGAUGGGGAGGAGGCACAAAUGGAACUUUGUUGUAUCAUUUCUGGAUAGCAACCGAAGAGUUUUGCCCAGGUGUUCUCUCAGGCUCUCUCCUGCAACCCUGGAAGAGGCUACAAGUGAAGAGGCAUGGUACAGGGAAAUACCAAGGUGUAUAAAAUGGCUGAAAGACCUAUUUGGGAGCAAAUUGGAACAAGUUUUAUACAGUUGUAUUAUCAGCAGUUUGAUACCAGCAGGGAACAACUAGGUGCCUUUUAUACAGAUGCUUCUUGCUUAUCAUGGGAAGGCCAGCAAUUCCAAGGAAAAACAGCCAUUAUGGAAAAACUGAUGAGGCUUCCUUUCCAAAAAAUUCAGCACAAUAUAACCUCCCAGGAUCAUCAGCCAACUCCUGAUAAUUGUAUCCUUAGUAUGGUUGUCGGUCAGUUGAAGGUGGAUGAUGAUCCAGUGAUGGGAUUCCACCAGAUGUUUGUUCUCAAGAACAUUAAUGACAAAUGGAUUUGUUCCAAUGACAUAUUUAGGCUUGCUCUUUACAACUUUGCUUAAAAUGUGUUCUCUAAUGUGCCUUUGCUAGUUGUAAAUUUCUGAUUAAACAACAGUUUAAAAGUUGUUUCAAUGUCACCUUUCUCUGACUAUGUGACAAAAAGAAUGUAUAUAUUCUGUUCGAAACACUAGGUAAUGUAAUCGGGAUAGUUCCCACAGUAUACACAUCCAUUUUUAUAUCCCAUGUGGCUCCAGUGUAUGCAGUCUAGUGGCACUGUAUUGCAUUAAACUCCCUGAAACUUGGAAAAAAUGAUUUUAUAUAUAAUAAAACUAUGCACUUGUCAACAACA